AUGAUGGCAGCAACUAUGGAAGCGAAUAAGCAGUUGACAUUUUGGUUUGAGAACCUGUAUCAGGACUGGAAAGGAAGAAGAUCUCCAGUUAUCUUGUUUGAAUAUAAUUAUUUUUUCUCUUUCAAUCAGGUUGAACUAAUUAAAGGAAAUUCACAAAGCGUUGGACUGGCUUUCCGCCAAAUCCAGGGAAAUGAUGGGGAUGCAGUUCACGUGACCGUGGAAACUGUGACCCCAAACUCACCAGCUGCAGCUGCUGACCUCCAGAAGGGGGAUCGCCUCAUUGCAAUUGGAGGAACCAAGGUGACAUCGUCUGUACACGUUUUGAAGCUGAUCAAGCAAGCUGGCGAGAAAGUACUGGUGUAUUACGAGAGACCUGUAGGUGGACAUCAGAAUCAACAGUGCAGCUCAAUCCAGGAGAACUAUAGCCAUCUUGAAGACCCAGGCUUUGGUCCACAGUUUGGGCAGCAUGCAUUUGAUGAUGAUAGCAUCUUAGACAAUGUUGAUAGUAAAGACAUAGAUUCUGAAUUUGAAGAAAUAGUGUGUCUUGACAUCAAACCGUUGCCCACAAUCGUAAAGGAGGAUUGUGCGCCUCAAAGCCCGAAGCGGUCGGUGGCUACUCUCGCCAGCAAACCCCUGGGUACUAUAUCACCCAUUCUCAAUCGCAAAUUGAAUUUGGGGAAUUACCCGAAUCCUCUGAAGUCACAGCAAAAAGAUACAGUUAAGUUUGCCCAGCUAAAGUGCUUAGAUGUCCCUGAUGGGGCACAGCAGCUGAGUAAGCCACCAGGAGGGUCCACAUACAAGCCUCCGGUGCCUCCAAGGCCACAGAUAAAGCUCACUUCAGCUUCUUCUGAAGCCCAGAGCCCGCCUGAAUCUGCAGACAUAGCUACCGAGAAGCCCGACAAACUAAUGGCAUCCACCAACAGCGCAGACAAAAAUGCUGAGAAAAGUGUCAGCAAAAAUACAGAUCAAGUGGAAGAAGCAUCGAUGACCAAGUCCACAGCUAGUAAACAGGAUUCCAAGGAGAAGCUCCCAGAAGCUACCUGUGGCAUUCGUGACGGAGCAGAAGGCAACCAAAUCUGGGAAUCAUCGGAGAUAAGCUACGGUAAGAGAUUUGGGAAGUGGAACAAGGCAACAUGUGUGUUUGAUGUUGAAGGAUGCCACCGAUACAUUAACGUUGCAGUGUGGUGCAAAGAACCUUUUAAAGCAGGUGAAAUUAUUUGUUUAGGCCAUGCGAGCAUUAAACUUGAAGAGAUAGCCAUGGAAUGCCUUUGUACUGCAUCAAUGGAGUUCCAGGCAACCUUCCGGCUCAAUGCUCCUGAACCAAAGGCUGCUGUUAGUAGGACUGCAUUACGAAACCUAAACACUCACAAGGGAUUCAAUGAGAAACUCUGCUAUGGUGACAUUACACUGAAUUUUACCUAUCUCAAAGAGGGUGAUACAGAAAGCUCUAGUGUUCAAACGGAAAAGGAAAAGGAAGAUAAUUCACAGGAGGAAAUUCCUGUUGCCAUUAAGGUGAAAACUACUCAACAGUGCAUGGACAAUAAGCACAAUUUCCAAGACACUCAGUUUCAGAAUCCAACCUGGUGUGAUUACUGUAAGAAAAAAGUGUGGACCAAAGCUGCUUCUCAGUGCAUGAAAUGUGCUUACAUCUGCCAUAAAAAGUGUCAGGAUAAAUGUCUGGCGGAAGUGCUCUUUCCUAAUGCCACGGAGAGGAGGGUUGAUUUGGAAACAAAGUCGUCCUUCAACAGGUCCACUGGGUUAACACGGCACAUCAUCAAUACUAGCUCACGCUUGCUGAACCUGAGGCCAGGACCUAGAGCUCGUCUGGCGGAUCCUGGCAUCGACUUAGUGGAGCCGUCGCCCAAGCAAACUCCAAACACAUCAGACAAUGAAAGCAGUGACACCGAGACAUACAGUGCCAGCAGUCCUUCCAAACAGAUAGUCUCUUCCACAGGUGGCAAGUUGUCAGUGAAGAAAGAUGGAGGUCUCGACGAUAGUGUAUUGAUUGCAGUAAAGGAGAUUGGCCGAGACCUGUACCGAGGAUUGCCAGCCGAUGAACGAUUUCAAAAACUGUAUAUGAUGUCAGAAAAGCUACAGAAUGAAAUCGAGCUGGAACUGGAACAGAAUUAUGCUCUGCAGAAAGAAGAGAAGGAUUGCACAGACCCUAAAAAGAAGUGUCAUCUGUCUGCUGCCAUUGCAAAGUCAGUUGAACGCCUACAAGCUCUUACGCUGCUCACAAUCCACUACAAAGCAGGGAUGGAUGAUUUAGAAUUCAGCGACUUUGCACCACCUUCUGAACAGCCAGCAAAAAAGGUCACAAAGCUCACAGAUGACAUCUUAGCCCUAACAGCAGAUGAAAUUGACACUGACAGUCAGACAGAUGUGCAAUCACUUACUGAGGAAUCAACUGAGCAAACCGUUAAUGAAGCUGAAUCUAUUUCAUGACUUUAUUCAUUUUUCUCAUAAUUGUAAUAAACAAAUUUACUUUUUUUUACUUUUUGCUUCUGUGCUAUAAUGCAAUUGUUACUCUGUCUUGUGAAUUUGACUUUUAAUGUGACUAUGGUGUCAGUAACCAACAGGCAGAUCAGUUUAGGAUUUUCCCUAUUGAUAACAUGCGUUUUGUUUUUUCAUAAAUGGAUUCUCGGUGUCAUGAACUGUAGCCGAGUGCACAGUCCACUGGGGAAGUGGACAUAAAAUCUCUUAUAGGACCAUGUCAAAAGCUCUCGUCCUUUUUAUGUUCUUCCUUGUUUGUUAUGUAGAUGUUUCUUUGCCAAACAUGUAUCAUAUAGCAAAUUGUGUGGUGAGCUUUUGUAUUUAUUGAAAGAAAAGCUUGAGUUUUUGUUUUAUUUCUUUCUGAAUAUUUGUAAUUUAAAAAAAAUAAUUGCUCUGAACCUCUGAAAUGCAAGGGAGUGCAAAUAAUGCACCAACUUUCUCAUCUUUAAUGAAACUGUAAUGUAUAUUACCAUGACAUGACUAAUUAAUAUUUAUGUAUGUGUUAUAUAGUAAAGCAUCCAGCUGGUUUUCUCUGCAGAAGAGUUGGGGGGGGGGGGGUGGGGGGAGGUUAAAUUUUGAUAGAAUGUGACAUAGCUCAAUUUACCCAAGUAGUAACUUUUACAUAAUUAAAAGCUGUCAGUGAAAGCUGAGAAAAUAAUGCUAAUUGAUUUGAGAGAUUUUCAUUUUGAUUUUGUUUAAUAAGUAGAUCUCGGUGCUCCCCAGUAAAUCCCCACUCCUUCCCGACUCCCCAUCCUAUCCCCCCUGCUCCUACCCCCAUCCCAACCACAACCUCAGCAGAAUAGAGAGUUGGGUUCCUCGAAUUUUAACACUGCCCCCAAUAAACACACUACUGAAAAGAU